CAUGUACAUCUCUCUCCUUUUUUUCUUCAUUUAAUUUUCACAAUCAAGUUGUUGUCUUCAUAUAUGGGAUGGUGAUUGAACUCCUGGCUGUAAAGAGUAAAAGACAUUCAUACAUAUGCACACACAGACACAGCCAAUCACCCUGUUAGCAAUUCCUCCUGGAAAGUGAUAUCACCAGGAUCCAGCUCUGCUCUGCCCUGCCCUCCCCCUGUUUCUUACAUUACUUUCUGAAAAAGUAAUUUUCUGAUUACUAGUUUUGUUUGGAGGUGGGUUGUUUUAUAAUUUAAAGGGGAUUGCAUUCUGUGUUAAUUCUCAAGGGUCCAUUGAAAGCAAAAGCCAGCACAAAUAGACAGAAACCCCUCUCCCUCCGCCAUCGUAAUAUAAUUCCAGGAGCAGAGGAGACUGGAGAGCAGAGCAGAUCUCUCUCUUUCUCUCUGAACCCUCUUAAACCCAGGUCAGGAAUCGAUACUCUGUUAUUCUGGAAUUCCUUUUCUGCUCUUCAAACCCGUCCCUUUCUUCGUUACUUUUCUCAUCUCUUUCUGUUAUGCGCUGAAUUGAAUAUACCACCAUGUUGCAGGUAUCUCGAAUUGGGGGGAAUUCCGAAUUCCAGGCCCAAAGUUCGAUUCUUUUUCUUGAAGCCCUGAAAGAUUGGUGCUUCCUGAUCCAACCCAAGGAAAUUCGUCGAAUGGGUGGUAGGCAUGACUCGGAUUGGCAAGGGAACGGGGUUUGGAGAUCUCUUAGGGACGGCGAUUACGACGAGCAAGAUGUUUGGGAUGUGCUGCGACACAACAGCAAAACCAACUCCAUUGAGCAGCACUCUGUUCCGCUCCCCUACAGAAACUUCCCCUCCGCCGCCAGAAUGAUCCCCAUUGGCGGCGGCGGAAGCUGCAGCAGCAGCAGCGACAACGACGCCUCGAAGCUGUUGGUACAGCAGUCGGCGCCAGUCAACAUCCCUGACUGGUCCAAGAUUCGCGGCAAAAAUCAGCCCAGGAAGAGCUCCAAGAAGCCAUGGAUGGGCUCCGACGAUGGAGAGCGCGAGGAGGAUGACGACGACGACGAUGAAAUGGACGGUGGUGACGACAGCCAUAUGGAGCCGCCGCACGAGAUGAUCUCGAGGAGGAUGGCGAGGACCCAGAUUUCGUCCUUCUCCGUGCUGGAAGGUGUUGGGAGGAAGCUGAAAGGGAGGGACCUUAGCAAAGUCAGGAACGCCAUUUUGACCAGAACAGGGUUUCUGGAACCCCCCUGAGAUUGAGAAAUCAAUCAAUGAAUCUGGUCAUUCUUUACAAAUUGGGAGGAUUUUUUCUUCUUCUUCUCCAGGAUCUGCUGCGGCGUCUAAUUUAUGGAAGCGUGUGAAGAAGAUUGUAGAUUUGAAGGGGGAUUUUAAAUUAGGUUUUAGGAAAUCUAGCCAGCUAGCUUGGUAGUUACUAGUUUGCUGUUUCUGGUCAGGAUUUCAUCAUCAGGAUUCAGGUGGCUUCUUCUGUCAUUAUUUCUGUUCAAGUUCCUCUGUUUCUUCUGUAAUGAUUUUGAAUGAACGAUUAUACGACCUCAGUUUUUAAUUAAGAUUGUUGGGAUUGUUCAAUUUGAGAUUGUUGUUUCUU